AAAGGCCCUCAUUCUUCAUCCCUCCCUCUCUCUCAUUCUUCAUCUCUCCCUCCUCCGGAUCCCACACAAGACAACGGGAAAGAGGGACGAUGGCAAGAGGAACUUCUCAGUCUCAGGCUUCUUCAUCCACGUCAUCUCGCCCAGGUACCGUGGGCAUGGCCCCACGUGGAACCCCUGCAGCAGCGGCGGGAAUGCGUCGGCGGAGGCUCGGCGGCGGCGGAUCUUCUGGAAACUUCGGUGCAGGUGGUGGCGGAGGCAGCAGCAACAUGCUUCGAUUUUACACGGACGAUGCUCCUGGCCUCAAGAUCACACCCACGGUGGUCCUUGUAAUGAGCCUCUGCUUCAUUGGCUUCGUUACCGCCCUUCAUGUCUUUGGUAAGCUGUACCGCUAUCGAUCCGGUGGUGCAUCGUGAAUCAUUUCCUAAUUCUCCAAUCACAUGGUCACGACCGUCUUAGGGUUUUCUUUUGUCAUUCUGGCUUUCUUGUUUGUUCAACUCAUUUUGAUUCACGAGAUGUGUUUCUUUCAUCGUUUUGGAUUGGAACAAGGCCUUGGAUUGUGUUUGCAAUAGAUUUCAUUUUGUUUUUGUUGUAUCACGUUUUAGACUAAUCGUAUUUCAAAUUGCUA